UUAAUCGCUGCCGCACGGGUUGACGUCAUUAUGGAACCCUGGCCCGGCUAGCUGUCAUAUGCGUAACAGGGAAGGCAUGACAUGGAGCUAAAUUUUCCCAUCUGCAGUUAUAUAUGCGGCCUGGCUUGUUAAAUCGAUCUAAGGAAUUGUCAGUUAUAUGUACCAAGUUAGAGGCCUUUCCGUUUCGACUUCUCGAAAAAGCAGUAGCUCGCUAACCCGAUAGCUACCUUCUAACUUAAGGUGAAGAUAACCACUUGCAUACUGAAAGCAUGGCGUUAAUCCUGUUUACAAGAUCUCGGGCACCUUUAAUGAAAACGUCUCGAUCCCUAAAGAAUGAAUUCAGGAAAGGCAAAGGGAAAUUACAGGAGGGUUCCUAUUUCAGCUGCACAGCCUUCACACUUUCCAGUCAAAAACCUGAUGGGCUCCGACUCGGCAGCUUGGCUCAGGUCUCUUCGUUCGGUCCUUCCUUGCCCGUGUCAGAUGAAUUUGUGGGUCCCUGUCAGAGCUCAGACACACAGCGGCUCUACUGCGCUUUUGCGUCGGGGGCUUCCUCUUCACUGUACCCUGCGGUCGGAGCGGGGCCCCAAUGGACGAUAGCACGACCGCGAGACAUCGCUGGUGUCAGGUGGAUACAUACCACGAGGAGGAGAUGGGAUGACUCCAAGGUGGAGAAGUCGCUGCGUUCGUUAAAGGAUAAGAAGAAGCUGGAGGAAGGAGGGCCGGUGUACAGCCCGACACUGGACGCAGAGCCUGUCCGAAGGACGCUCCGACAGCGGGUUGUAGAUGAAAUCAAGCACUACUACCAUGGCUUCAGGCUGCUUUGGAUCGAUACCACCAUUGCUGGGCGGAUGUUCUGGAGGGUGCUGAACGGACAUCCCCUGUCUCGCCGUGAGAGGAGACAGUUUCUCAGAACAUGUGCUGAUGUCUUCAGACUUCUUCCCUUCCUGGUGUUUAUCAUCGUUCCCUUCAUGGAGUUCCUGCUUCCUGUAGCUCUGAAACUCUUCCCCAACAUGCUGCCGUCCACCUUUGAGACACAGACAAAGAAGGAGGAGAGGUUGAAAAAGGAGCUGAGGGUCAAACUGGAGAUGGCCAAGUUCUUGCAGGACACCAUUGAGGAGAUCGCUCUGAGGAAUAAGGCAGCAAAAGGCGACGUGACGGAGGAAUUCUCCACCUUCUUCCAAAAGAUCCGGGACUCUGGGGAGCGUCCCAGUAAUGAGCAGAUCAUAAAGUUCUCCAAACUGUUUGAGGACGAGCUGACGCUGGACAACCUGACUCGACCUCAGCUCGUGGCGCUCUGUCGUCUCCUGGAGCUCCAGUCAAUUGGGACCAACAACUUCCUCCGCUUCCAGCUCAUCAUGAAGCUGAGGGCCAUCCGCGCAGACGACAAGCUGAUAGCAGAGGAGGGGGUGGAAAGCCUGAAUGUGAACGAAGUGCAGGCAGCGUGUCGUGUCAGAGGGAUGAGAUCUCUGGGAGUCACAGAAGAACGACUAAGAGAACAACUCGGCCAGUGGUUGGAGCUGCAUCUCAACCAGCAGAUCCCCACCUCUCUGCUGCUUUUGUCUCGAGCCAUGUACCUCCCAGAUACCCUGUCUCCUGCAGACCAGCUGAAAACCACGCUGCAAACACUUCCUGAAAUGGUGACCAAAGAGGCCCAGUUAAUGGCGGCGGAGUUGGAGCUCUCCAAAGUGGAUAACAAGACCAAACUGGAGACCAUGCUUCAGGAGGAGGCAGCCAUACGGCAGGACAACAAGGACCGAGAGAUGGAGAGGCUGGCUGAUGCUGCAGAGAAGGCUGCCAGGGAGGGUGAACCAGAGCUUCAAGCAGAGAGGAUGAAGCGCAGUGAGGCCGAGCCAGCUUCAUCUAAAGCCGAAAAGGCAGCCGAUUCAGAGACACUGAAGGACACCGCACCCAUUAUAGAGGGACUCAAGUUUGAGCAGUGGCAGAGGUUUCUGCGUUUCCAGGCAGAGGAGAUCACCAAGGAAGAGAUUGACCUGCUGAGUGAUGCCUGCUCAAAGCUGAAGGAGCAGAAGAAACUGCUGACUCUGGAGAAAGAGGAGCUGGAAGAGCUGAAGGAUGAUGUCCAGGAGUACAAUGAGGAUCUGGAGGAGAUAAAAAAGGAGCUCUCCAAGACUGGUCAGGAGAAGGCCAUAGAGGAGUCAAAGGCCAGCCAGCGGCUUUCUAAGAGGGUGAACCGUAUGAUCGGUCGCAUUGACAAGAUCAUCCUGGAGCUGGAGAAGGACAAGGUCAUCCUGGAUGGACAGAUGGACAGUGGAUCCACCCCACCUGUUGGAUUAUUCUUUGCUAAAUAUAGCGGUGCCAAGAGUCUGUUCUAUACCUUUAGGGAGAACCUGGUCAGCAUCGACGAGCUCAUCAACAUCAUGCGACAGAUCCAGAACAUUCCCGAGCACAAGCUGCAGAGCAUCGCCGAGGCUCUCGACGACAACAAGGACGGGAAGAUUGACAUCGACGACGUCAUCAAAGUAGUGGAACUGAUCGACAAGGAGGACAUCGACAUCUCCACCUCACAGGUGGCCGACAUCAUGGUGAUGCUUCAGAAAGAGGAGAAGCUGAUGGGGAAGGAAAAGGCCAAAGAGAAGGCAGAGAAGGAACAGGCACUCAAAAGUUAACUCAUUUUGCUUCAGAGACACGAGUGUUUGUAAAAAAUGAGCACUCUCCAUUGUGACUGGUAUCUGGUCAUAGAGGACUCUGGACACCAGGUUGAUCUGGAGAGGUCAAGAACCGCAAGGUAACAGCUGCCUUCUUCUGAAAAUGUCAUUCUGCUAUAAAUUGAGCUCCUAAAAAUAAAAAAUAAGAAAUCUUCAGAGAAGGCUCGUUGCCUUUUAAAAUGUACAAAUUCAACAAGAAACUAAAUUUCUGUCAUGUUAAAAAAUUAAGUAAGAUGUGUGGUAGUUUUACUUCAGUAUUUAUCAGUGCAGGGAGCACAGUGACAUGGAAUUGAAAGCUAAUCGGAAAAAUGGUUUGGGAAAUGUGUUAUCAGACGUGUUAUUUAAAGUUGUAGGUGAACCGUCUUGCCUUUCAGUUCGUUCAUGUCAUCAUCUCGGAGAAAUGAGCGAUCAUUUCCGAACUUUGCACAGUCAACAUUGUCAUUUCUGUCAUUCCGCUCACUUUAUUUCCUCUUAUAUUUUAUUUAUCCACCUCAUACCUGUUUGUAAAGUUUUUUUAAGUUGUACUUGGGCAGGUAGCUUAUCGCUGGCUAUAACGGUGGCUGCAACCAAAGAUGUUAUUGGUAUUGGAAACAACAUAAAAAUACUCAAAACAUGUUGAAAUUACAGGUUUAAAACAAUCCAUUUUAAAAAGGGGCUUCUAGCGAUUAUAUGCUAAAAACUAUUUAGGUUUUUCUUAGAUAGGACAUCAAACUUUUUCCAUAAAAACCAAAACUAUAGUACUGCAAUUUCUUUACAUUUUGCACUCACAAAUGGGGAAAAAGUACAUUUAGUGCAGCUCUUCAUAGAUCUUCACUCGUAGCUCUUUAUUUAAUGCCAAAGUUGCACUGAGAUGCAUUAAUAGCACAUUCGAGGUACUCCUAAAGUCAUCAGACAAAACAGCAAAGAUGGAUUUAAACUGUGUAGGAUCAGUGUUGGGACAGAAGCCACCAAUUAAAUGCGUCUGAUGCUGCUGUGACAAGUCAGUCGGGCUGUCCCCGAAUGGUCCUUCGUUGGGUUCGUGUUCGCCCUUCAGUUUGGAUAUUGAGAUGUUGUUGUUGUAGCGUUUUAGCAGCUAUGAUGUUUUGCUUGUUCGCUCUCUCAGAGCAGCCUUUGUUAUCCGUCGCUAAGGCUUUAAAUGUUCCUUGUUGAUUUCUACCGAAGCACACAAACCCAACAAACGAUACUGGGGACGGCAAAGUUUAGGAAAGUAAGAGAUUCAUUUUGCAGUGAUUAGUCUGGAAAUCGUCCGCUCAGGCGAUAGAUGAGUUCAUGAGUUGUGUCGUAGUUGUCAUCGUUUAAAUGCAAAGUGGCCUUCUUAUCACACAAAUUUUAUGGUUCUUAUAACACUGCAUAUUUAUUUCUGAGGAUUUUUAAGAAUUUAACGGAGUUGUGACGUUUUCGAUUUGCAUAAUAAUUUAAUUCUGAACAAGUUUGGAUGAAUUUUAAAUUUUAGUCCUGUCUUUUUUUUCCUUUUUUGUUCUUUGCACUGUAGCCAUGAAUGUACGUAGUAUGUAAACAAGAUUCCUCAGGGCUGUGUGAUGAUUUUAGAUGAUUAAAUAUGUCCUGCUACCUAUCCACAUAUCCCAUUCUGUGUUCACACUGCAUCAGCUUUUCAAUGAAAUUUGAAACGAUGCUAACUGCACAUUUCGAUCAGGGGUGCAGUUAAUUAUUAUUUUGCUCAUUGGUGCUUCCUAAAAACUUAAAAUAGAGUGAGGAAAAUGCCCCCUAGAAGACUCCAACCUCAUGUUUCCAGUUCGCUAAUCCCUCUAAUAAAACGGGUGCCGCGUGAACCCACCGUAACGCCUCCAGCCGCCUCUGUCUGAUGAGCUGACCUAGUUUACGGUCUUUGCCACCGCUCUGGUGUUCCUCCUGCAUAAUCAGAGAAGAACUCGGGUGUAAACGAGGGUGACGGAGUGGUACUUAAGAUAAUGCUGAGUGGACAACGCUUCAUUUAAUCCAUUCCCAGAAUCCGCCGUCCUACACGUGGAAGUUUAAGAGCUUGUUCAUCUUCCAUCGGGCAUCGUCCCAGCUCGCAUCCAGUGCUGCCUGGCGGAGCAAAGGCUCUGCUUCGCCUGGGACCAGUCAGGCUGAUGGGUGCGGGGUAAACACUCGUCCCAUACAUGGGCCAAAGCCAGCUCCACUGGAGGGUUGUGUUUAGGUUAGAGACGCUCCGGCGGGACAUGGCACGCCGUGCGCUGCAUAAAUCCGCAGCCAGUGUAAACACUUUAAAAGAACGUUGUGACAACGUCUCGUUUACACUCGGCAGGAGAGCGUGGUGUUUGUGUCACCCCUCCCGCCUGACAAGGUUGAACUCUGAGGAGCACUUUGUAUAUCAGCACGACUGGCCCUGUUUGGGACAGAGGGUCAAAGGUCAGAGAACGGGAAAGAGACGAAUACCAGAGUCUAAGACUGAUGGAGAUCAAUACACAGGGUUCCUGUGCAGGUCCAGAAAGGGUUGAAAUCGACAGGGACCUUUAAUGCGUUGCAGUCAUUGCUGAAAUGCAGAUUGAUGUCAGUAAUGUGCAGUUGCACAGAGCGCUCCUGAGAGCUUAUUUUUUACCUUUAACAUGAUUUUUGCCAUGUUUUACUAAAUGCACGGAGCUUCAGUUUAGCUAAAGAGACCCGACUAGUCAACAAGCAGAUAAUCAGCCACUUUUCCCUUUCUUUUGAUGUGCAAACAGCUAAAAAAAACUGGUUCCACCUUCACCAGUUGGAAGAUUUGAUCAUAUUCUUUAUACUCAAUUGGAGCAAACUGGAUAUCUACCAGUCUAGCCAACUCUAAAAUUCCAAGAUGAUGGAAAAGGGUGAAAAAAAUAUGUUUUUUUUUUUUUAACUUCCAAAACAUCUCAAAACCUACAUAUUACCACAAAAUGAUUGCAAUAUAUGAAAACUGGUCAAAACUUCAAAUAAAUUCAAGAAAACUCAAACUUCCCUCAAACUAACACUUCCCCAAAUGAUUGUAUGUCCUUGUCUGUGGCUGCUGUGCUGUUUAAACUGCAGUCUUGGAGAAAGAAGGAGGUGUAGAGAUACAGUUGGCAGCGAAAGCAGUUUGACUCGAGGCUUGUGUCAGCAAAUUUUCAUUGCCAACCAGGCCGAGGCUCAUUUCUUACCUUUUAUUCCUUCAUUUAGUUCCCUCAUGAUAUUUUAGAAGAAAGUGACUCAGGAGAAAUAAAAAGGUGAGCUGAUUUUUAGCACACUGUCACUAACGUUGACUGUUCUCUGCACAGUAUUGCCACAGUGUAAAUGCACUAUUCGGGGUUUUUUUAAGCAGUUGGUAUGUGUUGACUGGCCGUCUCUGUGUGAAUGUCUACAAUACAAACCGUCCUCUCAGACUCCUGCUCAGUUGUGGGUGUUGGGUUUAGAAGAACAAACGCUUAAAGGAUAAUUUUUUUCUUUUCUCCCAUUUUGAGGUGGAACAAGUGGCUUCAGCUUGUUAGCAGUACGCUGUAAAUCUUUAAUUUAAAGUCAUCGUGCUGAUGAACUGGGAAGCCGACCUUAAACCUUAAUGACUGAACGCUUGCUCUUUAGCCUAAGCCGAUUCCACCAGUUUAGUUUUUCUUGUCAAUUUCUGACAAAAAUCUACAUAUUUUGUGCUAUCAGGUAGAGUAGCUAAAAAGCAUUGUGGACUUGGCUUCUUUUGUUGAUAUAAUCGUAUUACUCUUCCUGUUUGGGGUUUGAUGAGCUUGUAGUAAGUAAUAAAGCUAAACUCGCAUAUGAGUUUUAAUUUGUAUCAAUCAUGAAUUUAUUUAAGUUUUUUGGGUGGAAAAAAAUCGCACUGAUGAUGUCGAGGGUUAAAAGUUGUUCUAAAGCUGUGUUCAAGAAGAAGGCAAAGUGCCUCCCCUUUUAAGAUCAAACUUUAUUGAUAAUUUAUUGAUAUUGAUAUUGCUUUGGGAUCGUUUGUGUCCGAAACGGCAAUCUUUCAGCACAGACUCUAAUUGAGGAUGCCAAGGCAAAUUCACAGCUUUGUCGCCUCCAAAAUGCACUUUGGCUUCUUUCUGAACACACAGACACACAAAAAAACCGAGUCCAAAAUUCAUCUUCGAUGUGUUUUAAAGCAUCAGAAAGGCCACAAUCUGCUUACACGAUAUUAAACCUCAGAGAGGGAAAAAAACAAAACCCAAAGAACUUUAUGAAAUCUAGUUGUAAAAAAGAAAACCAAAUAAAAAAGACAGAAAUCAGAGACGUUGCAGUAAAAUUGCAGUGUAAAAUCUUACCUGGUGACACGGUGUUUUUGAUAUGUUAAAGAUAAUCCACGUAUAGCCUGCUGCAGUUUGCUUGAAAACAUUUCUGUUAUUUAUUUAUUGAAUCAAAGUUUCCUUUUUUUUCACGACUGGGUAUUUGAUUUUAGUUGAAUUUCAAAUGUAUGACAACACUUUGUAACUGAGAUCUUGUGUUUAUGUAAAGAAAACAUUAUUUGCAGAACGAAUCACAAGUUUUGAAUAAAUUAUGAUUUCUCAUUUUUGUUUGAUUUCUUUAUUGUUUCGUUUUACAUCUCAUUAUCUUUUCCAAGUCAUCCACACCAACAUGUUAGCCAUUGUGUGUCAUCUGUAAAGCUCGGUGAAGCCUUUUUUUGUUAUUUCUCACCCCAAACCAUCAUGUUAUAUACAUUUAUUUUAAAGGGAUUUUAGACUGAGCCACAUGUUCUCAUGUGAAAUCUUAUUUUUACUUGCAAGAUCUGAAAUAUAACCUUGAGUUCUGUAUCAUUUAAUGCUAAGCUAUGCACUUAUACUGUUAGCUUUUAUCUUUGCUGUCAGCCCCAUUUUAUUCAGAGCGUGAUGGUGAAAUCCCAACACUGCAACCCGAGCUACAUUAUCAUAACGAGCCAGUUAAAGAAAAUAUGUCCAGUGAGUUACGUCAGAGGUCGCACAUGUCCGUCCUGUGACCGUGGCUUAUGCAGUAUGGCCUACAGAGAAACACAAAUCUGGACAUUGUGUGUAUUUUUGUACAGACUUUCUGGGAGUGGGUUGCUCUCUAUCUUUUGGAUGCUUUCAGCAUUGGUUUCAUUCCCCAGGCUGUGAUCUCUGAUAUUAUAAAUGACUAAAGCCCAGGGCAAAUGUGUGGUAAUUUGCUGUGAAUUUCCCAUUACAACCUGCAUGCCGAAGUGUUAGGGAAACACCCUGGAUUUGGUGUCACCUCUGUGGUGACAGGCUGUUUAGUGCUGAGACACUUCCUGACCUCGCUGUGAGCUCGUCCAGGCGCUGUGACAGAUUUCAGAUUGGCUUUAUUUAACUGUGCACUUUAGAAAAAGGUUUGAGAAGCGGGAUGAGCGGUAUCCAAUGAGAGGGCAACAGGAUAAUUGUGGCAGGGAAGAAGGGAGGCACUUGACACACAUAGAGUCAGUACAGUUCACCAUGUUCCACAGGAGCAAUAAGGCCGUUCUAAUCCCCUACCUUAUUAAAGCUUUCUUGUUUGCAUUCAAUUUAGAAAAGAAGAAAACCGACUUUAAGUUGAGUACUUGAGUGCAUGGUGAGACUUUAUAGAUAGCAGCUGAUGUAACAGCGCUACAACUGUUACUUUACAGACUGGCAGCUCUAUAGACGGUUUAUAAGCAUAAAUUGUAUUAAAAUACUAUAAAUGUGUAAGUAUAAAAACUCUAAUGCUGCUGUAUUUAACAUUUUAACAAACUUUUAACAAAAUCAGGUCUAUGGCAAAAAUGCUUUUAAAAAUAAAUCUAGUCAGACUUUAUAAUAAUACCGGAGAAUGAAACACAUUUCGACUUUUACAUUUAGGUAUCGUGAUCAGAUGGCCACUUUAAAUAGUCACCCUAUUUUGGUGAAAGGCUUAAAUGAAAUAAGAAAAGUAACAUUUCAAAUCUUAUAUCAACUCUCUUUGACCUUGGAUUUGACCUUCCUAAUAGCAGGGACAUGUUGAAAUACUGCGACUCAUGCAGCCUGCACCGGUGAAAUGCGUAGAGUAUAACCUUUGCCUUUCCUCUCCGCUGUUAAAUAAUUAAAGACGUUUGGUUGUGGAGACGUGUAUAGACAGACGUGUAGCUGAGUGAUGAAACCGGCACGUCUACAUGUCAUUUAAUGUUUCCUAUUAAGUCUUACCUAUACAGAGCUUUUUCUGAUUAUUUUUAACUGUUAGAUAACAAAGAAUGGAGACAUUUAAGACAUAAGGUUAUGAGUAUGUAUGAAUAAAACUCAUCUAAACAAUGCAGUGAAGCGUAAAAUGUUUUAAAACGAACGGAAAUAUCACGCAAACAGUAACCAAUCAGCGACUUUAAUUGUCAUAUGUGGAUUCGGACCUUUUAUCUCUGAAACAGGCAACUUGUGAACAGCUGAUUAAUGGCUGUAGUGGUUUCUGUGGCCCGUUGCGAGCCACGUGAACAAUGAGAUGCCGACUCUGCUGUUUAUCUUUUUUUUCUCAACCUUUUUAGCUGUUUUCAAAAAUAACGGUACAUUACUGUAGAAAAUGUGUUUCUGAUGGCGCGGUGUGACAAAAGUCCGUCCAUCUCAUCUAACACCACACUGUGUAGUCUAGGCUCCUUGUUUGACAGAAACAUUUUCUACUUCAUGCAGGAGGAGAGGAUUUCUAAGCCGAACAUGACUCCUCUAAUUUGCUGCCCGGUUGCGAUCCGGGUUGUGUCACAGACAAAAUACGAGACAGUGCUCCACUUUAAAUUAGUCGCAGAAAAAUCCUCCAGCUGUGAGGAAGAAGCUUUCAGGCACAGUCCAACAGUGACACGUAUUUUUUCGUGUCACUGUUUUGUUCAAAAGAAUUUUGCAAUAGCAUGUGUCUGAAUAUUUGAUGUAAAACUGGGAAUACUCGGGGCCCUAUGCAUCCAGUCCGGCUGCUUUAUUCACAUUCACAUUGUUCCUCGGUGUAUGACAUGCUUUCGUGCAAGCUUUAAAAUGCUGAAAAUGAAACUCGGUCAUGUGAAAUGUGUGUGGCCCAAUGUAAACACCUGCUAUCGGAGCACUAAAACCAGAAGAGCUGAACUUGCUGAAAGCAACAGACACCCUGUAACAGUCAAGUUAAAUGUUUUCCCUCUUUGUUCCUGCGCUCCGCUUCCAUCCUUCAUCACAUCCCCGCGGAGAACAAAAGAUAUUUACACCUCAGUCGGUUCAGCAGGUAGAUGUCAGGAUUUUGUCUGGGCUGCCUGUCACGAAAAGGGGAAGCGCAUCUCUAAACCAGCUCACGGCGACGGCGUUUCGGGCCUGCAGCCAGUAGCUGAAGAAAUCGCAUUGAUCUCGGGAAGCGCGAGGUGUCUGCUUCAGGGAGUUUUUGUUUAUGGAGGAACAAUAUUCUAAUGAGGAGGUGUUGAUUACAGAGGCGCCUGGGAGGUUUUGAGAGGCUUCAGCAACGCAAAGAUGAUGAUGCUGACAGUUCUGUGCAUGCAGUUUGUAAUCGGGUUCAUGGAGACAAAGACAAGACUAAAUGCUACCGUGCAAUGCUGAAACCGCCUGUUGCCCUCGGGAUUGUUGAGCGUUGGCUGUAACACAGUACGGCCUUUUUUAAUUUCAGUGGGAAUGAGAUCCAAUGUGAGGGUUGUAAAAUGAACAAGUUUGGAAAAUGCAUCUUUGGAAUUCAGGGUGAAAGGCUAAUGAGUAUAAACUACCUAUUUUAGAUGUCUGGGUCACUCUUGCUGGGAGUGAAUAUCAGAGCUGUACAAUGUUUGUAUAUGCUUUGCAAAUAGACUAUUUAGUUUUUAUUUCAUGUAUAGAGUUAAAUAAUGUAUAUAUAGAUAUAUAUAAGUUAUUAAUCCCAGAACGCUUGAUUUUAUCCCCCUCACAAACAUUACUUCCAGGAUGUUAUUUAAGAUGAUCCACCUUUCCAUCUGUUAGAGGGAUUUGGGUGGUUGCCAGUUUGGUACCUGCUGCCGAAGGCUGCAAAAUUAAACGCAGAAGCAGAUCUCAAAUGCUACGAUCAGCUGUAUGAAAAUAACAGACUUGAGAGUUUCCAUGAAGUGUGCACUUAAAACAGUUGAUGGCUCAUUUUGAGGUCUUAACUGCAGUAUGAGCUGUGUUCUUUAACACAUGGUUUAAAUGUAAAUAUGUCACGUGGCAGCAGCUGAUCCCUGACUGCCGUACCUGAGCGCGGUUUGUAAAUGCAGCUUUGUGAGGAAUCCUCCUGUUGUGUUGGAUCUGCUGCUGAAAAACUGUCAUCCUGUAUACUUCACGCUCUCCUCACAGCUCCCGCAGCGAGCUGUGAGAUUUUCUCAAAUAUGUGAUCUGACUGGGCCAGUCUGACUCUGGGGAGGGAAAAAAACAUUCAGCCGGGAAUGUGUGGCACGCUUCGGCCCUUCAUGUACUCUUAAAACAAGAGAAAGAGGAAGUGACUUGUUUAUGACACGCAGAUGAUGUCUUUUCGUCUCUUCACAGGUGCUUCAUGCUGCUGUACUGUAACAUUUUUAUUUAUUUCUUUUUAAGCUUUGGGUCUCCCACAGCAGAGGCUUAGUUCAUUAAUGACCGUGUGUAAAAAUCAGUGCCUGGGGAUCACUGCAGCUCAGCUUUCACACAUGUCCUUGUUUUUUGUGUCUUGUUAUGGUUACAGUGCUUAAAAUGAAGCCGUUAUUUGGAGCUUCUAUUGUUGUAAACACAUUAAUCAAUAACAUCUUGUUUACAAAGGGGAUUGUGGCUGCUGUGAACUUUUAUGAUUAUCUCUCAUUUCCUAGAGAACAGAAAUUAUGGGGGUUUUUGGGUCUUUUUUUAGUCCUGAGGGCAUAUGAAAAAAAUAUUCAUCACCAUGUGCAGUUGUUCAUCAUUCUAUUCGUAAAGCCGGAACGUAAACUUUAAAGUUUAUGAGGGAGUGCAGUUUAAAAAAUGCGGGUUCAAUUAAAAAAUUAUGAUAUCUUGAAUCAAUUAAGGCAAUAAGACACAAAGAUUAGAACUGGGACACCAGAAACAAAGAAAAUAAGCUGAGGCCACUUUACUUGUAUAGCACGUUUUACACACAAAAGCAAAGUUAUUCAUGUAAAGGAAAAAAAUAAUAAAGGGGGGGGGGCACUAUUCUAGAAAUCACAAUUAGUAAACAUAAAAAAGCCACAGUUUUACGUCUGAUUACUUCUCAUCUGUUCUUGAGUUGACUGGCCUAUUGGACCUUUUCUAAGUGGUGGAGUUUAAUCUUGCAUUGCACUGUUUACAUAUGUAUCUCCUGGAAAACUGCAUUUAUUAAAACAAUCAAACAAU